GUCUGGUUUUCCUGACAACAGCACCAUGGCGCCGAUACAACCUUCUAAGGAUAGCCUCGACCGGCGGAAGGUCGUUGGCAUUAAUGCUGAAACCGUAACCAACAUCACCUCCACCGACUUCCCCGGCCAUCAUCCUGGUGAAGACAAUUCUUGGUCUCUGUCCAAAUUCAAGAAGAACCUCCAAGUCCAAUUCCAUCAAAACGACGAACAUGACGCAGUUUUCUCCCUCAUCGGUGUCGACGCAUCGAUAGCCAAUGCGUUCCGUCGCAUUCUCAUCGCCGAAGUUCCUACCUUAGCCAUCGAAAAGGUGUACGUGGAAAACAACACCUCAGUCAUCGCAGACGAAGUCCUUGCGCAUCGCCUCGGGCUCGUCCCUUUGAAGGGCGCCGUUGAAGGGCUCAAAUGGCUCAAAUGGUUCGUGGAGGCCGUUCCGGAAGCUGGGUUUGAAGGAAUGGAACGAACAGAUUACAAUACAGUGGUACUGCACCUUAAGGUCAAAUGCACACGGAAGCCCAAUGCCGACAGCAAUGCUACGGAGCCAGAAGACAAAUACAUCAACAGCAGUGUCUACUCGCGGCAUAUCGAAUGGCAGCCUCAAGGUAUGCAGGCUGAAUAUUUUGGAGACAUUCCAGUUCAGCCGGUUAGCCCCAAUAUUUUGAUCGCAAAGUUACGGCCGGGUCAAGAGUUGGACAUGAUCAUGCACGCCCAUAUGGGCAUCGGUGCGGACCACGCCAAAUUCAGUCCCGUGGCGACUGCGACGUAUCGACUUCUUCCAACCAUCACCAUCACGAAACCAAUUAUCGGCGCUGAUGCCAUCAAAUUCCAGAAAUGCUUUCCUCCGGGCGUGAUUGACCUCGAGCGUGUUACAGCUCAGGAGGCCAACUCGGGGGACCCGAUUUUCCGAGGCAAACAAGGCGAGGAGAAGGCAGUGGUCAAAGAUGCAAUGCGGGAUACCGUUUCGAGAGAAGCUCUCCGGCACAAAGAGUUUGACGGCAAGGUAGUGCUCGGUCGAGUACAAGACCAUUUUAUCUUCAGUGUCGAGAGUACUGGUCAAUUCCCCAGCGACACGCUGUUCCUGGAGAGUGUCAGUGUGCUCAAGUACAAAGCCAAGAGACUCCUUCGAGCGCUUGACGAGCUGGAGAGAUGAAACCACAGGAGAGUUGACGACGAGAUGAAGACCUAUGCAUUGGGAUGGGCGCUGCGCAUUUACUGGCGCCAUUCACCUUCGAUACCGCGGGAUCAAAAAUUCACAAAAUGUGUUAUGUGUGGAAGUCGUUGAUGUGUCCGACUGCGAUUGGCAUGUAUACAGUAUAAUCGCUUGACUUUGCCCAUGCCCAGGACCACGCCUGGUAUCCUGUCCGGCGGACCGCGUUCGUUACUCGUAUCUGCUUGCACUCAUUGAGAUCCGCAUAAGUCUCAUUUGAAUACCAUCCGGUACUUGAAACUGAUCUGGAAGGCCGAGUCACUAACGCCAACCUCUUCCCCGUCCGUCACCAAUUCGCGUAAUUUUCUCUUCAGAUUGGGUCUGGUCUGUUCCUCGAGACUCUUGGGGGCCUGGACAUACAAGGUACGAGCUUCGGUGCGGAUACUGGGCUUCUUCAACUGGGCGUCAGCCCUCUCGGCCAAACCGGUGAGGAAAUUCUCGAGGGUGAUGUCGGGAUCGACGGUGACGUUCUGGGCGAGAUUUCCGCAGACGGGACAGUCGUCCUUCUUCUCGGCGGCAAAGGUGUAGGUGUACAGGCCGCCUUCGUUGGAGUCGCCGGUGUACAUGACGUAAUUCUCGAGGAAGGGAGCGCACGAGGUUGCGAUCUUGAGGGCUUCAUUGCAACAUGCCGCGGCAAUGAUGGCGUUGGUGGAUGCAAUGGCGGGAAUGAUGUUUUUGACUACUCCCUGGGUCAUGGAGUAGGUGACGCCCUGGAUGUUGAAUUCCUUAGCACGUGCUAAGGCUUGGUUGUAGAGCCAGGUGAUGUGUUCGGGGUCGUCGGUAUCUAGUGGUUCAUCCUUACGUUGUUCAUCCCAGGCCAUGAUGUGAGCCCAUUCGAUGCAAUGUUGUGGCUGUCGGGGGAUGGUGGCGAGGGUACAUAAUGGGACGGCGGCUCGAGGGGCGUGCAUUGAUAGUUGACACUCAAUACAGGAUGUGAGAGAGGGCAGAAUGACACGGGCUUGGCCUUUGAAGCCUUCUGUGCCUCCGUCGAUCAGGGGUUUAAGUGACUCUGGAUUAUCCAUAUCGACCAUGUCAACCAGGGUGGCGUUGAUCCAACGUCGAGCCUCGAUACUGUCCAAACCACAAAUAACCAGCUUGAAUUGCAU